GUUGAAACGUCAACACAAGCAAUCAUGGUUAAUUGUAACGUUUCCCCUCGUUUUUUCAUGAUGGCUGUCCUAUUGGAAAGCGUGAUUGCAGCCUCUCGUAAGUAUUCAGUAGACCUGACUUUUGAUGACAAGAAGUCUGACAGGGAAUUUCUACCAGAGUACAACGCCCAGUCCCUGCCCUUUUGUUCUGCUCUGUGUGGCUCCUCCUGUGGCUGCUUUGGGUUUAACUCCAAACACAAGAAGUGCCGCGUCUAUAAUCCCUGUAACCAAACAGACAUUACUGUAGCUGAAGAGGGAUGGAGGAACUACUUUCCUGAAGCACUUCCCCGUGACUGCCAUGACUUUCAUCUUAAAGGUCAGAUAGUAUUCGGUGUUAACCAAAUUUAUCCUUUUGAUAAUACUACAUCAAUCAAUGUUCAAUGCAAGAUGGAGAACAAUGACGCAUGGACGGUUAUCCAGCAACGGCGGAGUGGAUUAAGUUUUAAUAGAAUGUGGACGGAGUACAAAAACGGAUUCGGCAAUGUGGAGGACUCCUAUUGGUUUGGAAAUGACGUAAUACAUCAACUUACCAAGGGAAGGAACUCCUCCCUCUACGUCUCCAUCACACUGACCAAUGGGACAAAGCUCUAUGAAUUAUACAAUCAGUUCUCUGUUGCUGAUGAAGCCAACAAAUACAGACUCUUUCUUGGAGGUCCAGCUACCGGGAUCCUGGGUGAUGCUAUGCUAGACACCGGCGAUCCUGAUGAAGAUCUGUCCGGGGUGGCGUUCUCCGCCCCGGACGGAGACAACGACGGAUAUAAUGGAUACCACUGUGCUGUUUCUCACGAUGGAGGCUGGUGGUUUAACUGGUGUCACAACGCCUACCUCAAUGGUCCCUGGUCCCCGGCAUUCUGGGUCCAACCGUGGUAUCCACCACUUAAGAAUGGUAGUGAUAUAACGGAGACUGUUAUGAUGAUAAAGCCUCACUGAUUACCUUAUAUGACGUGUAACUUGUGUUUUACUUGUGGUUAAUAUUGUCGAUUAAAGACUUUUGAUUAAAGUUACGACAUUCAAUCAGUUAUGAGGUUUCUUUGAUGUUAAUGUUGUUAUAAACUUAUUAUCCAAUAAAUAACUGCAUUUAUCUUUCUGUA